UUCAGUGUUCCUAUCCAGCCACAAUUCCAGGGUUUCACAAUGUGUGACUGCGCUCCCUCAACUCUUCUACUGAAUUCCACCGUCAGAAUUCGAAAUUUAGGGUUCACUACUCGUGAUUGGAACCCAAGAAACCAUGCAAAGCUCUCUACUUUCUGCAAUUCGCACCUCAUAUUUCACAGAAAUGGCGGGUCACGGUUGAUUAGUGCUGAAAUUGAUGCAUUGAAUUCAACGACUUGCGUAAGAGCUAUCCCAAAUCGCGGCGAAUUAGGGUUUAAGGACGAAGGAAAGAGAGAUUUUGGGUUCGAGACGAAGGGAGUGGAUUCAUCAGCUUCUUCAGCCUUUGAUUUCCUUGAAUUGGAGGAACAGGAAAGGAGGACAGGUGAAAAGAGUGCAGGGAAUCCUGAAGAUGAGGAUUUGGUUCGGGUUGGUGGUGGUUCGGAGCUGGAGGGGGCGGAGAAGGUGGACGAAAGGUUGGGGUUGAGGAGUGGAAGGCAGGUGAUGCGGAGAUCGAACAUGCUCGCAAAGCAAGUUAUCAGCAUUCGAUCGGCUCUCAGCUUGGGCUUCGUUUCGCAGCUUUGGGUGGACACCACCUCCUGGAUGGUGCUGGUUAUAGAAGUGAGGCCAAAUUUACUUUCUGGUGAGCUAGAAAGGUUUCUUCUUGAGGAUGUUAGCCGGGUAGGCGAUGUUGUGCUGGUCCAAGAUGAGAGUGUGAUGGAUAAUGAAUAUAAAAUGCUUGGACUAGAAACAUUGGUAGGAUACAAUGUCAUAACGCCAGGUCGAAGAAACAUUGGGAAGGUGCGAGGAUACACUUUUAAUAUCAACUCUGGGGCAGUGGAAUCACUUGAGCUUGAUUCAUUCGGAAUUUCUCUCAUUCCAUCAAGUUUGGUAAGCACAUAUGCUUUGUUUGUUGAGGAUGUUCUGGAAGUUGUAUCUGACAAAGUUGUCGUGCAUGAAGUUGCUGCCUCACGCAUACAGAGGCUGACUAAGGGUUUCUGGGACGGUCGGAAAGGAGGGACUUCCAUAGAUGAACCGGGAGAAUAUUCUGACUUUGCAAGCAAACGUGAUCGAUCUGAUCACAGUCAAAGCACAAGAAGAAAUUUCAGGAAUAAGAAAUUUCGUCCAAAAGUGAGAGAAAUGGAGGAUGAUUGGGAGCUCCCAAUGGAUUAUUUAUGAUGCACUGGGUUUUGAUGCCUUCUUCCUUUUAUGUAUAUAUUGUUACGUGAUUUGUGUCCAUAGAUGAUGGAUACUUCUUCUCAUUCAGGUUUUUUCUUUCACCCACUAGUUGAAUAAAUUUAACAUUACAUCCCAUGGCUUGGGGGCCUUGAUGUAGCUGAUCAUCUGGAGAGGAUCUUAAUAGUGAAAUAAUCAAAUGAUGCUGGAGAAAAUCUCUUUAGUAAUUGAA